GCGGCUGUACCUCAGAGCACUCGCUGACCGUGGCGCGCCGGUAGUGGCUGCAGGCUUCCUUAUCCGUCCCUUGUCUCCUCCGUCCGCUUCGCCGGCUCCUCUUGUGGAUAACUUGCUGCUCGCCUACCACACCAUGACUCUGGAAGAAGUCCGCUGCCAGGACACGGUUCCUGAAAGCACAGCCAGGAUGCAGGGCGCCGGGAAAGCGCUGCACGAGCUGCUGUUAUCGGCGCAGCGCCAGGGCUGCCUCACCGCCGGCGUUUACGAGUCCGCCAAAGUCCUGAACGUGGACCCCGACAACGUGACCUUCUGCGUGCUGGCAGCAGAUGAGGAGGACGAGGGCGAUAUCGCGCUGCAGAUCCACUUCACGCUGAUCCAGGCGUUCUGCUGCGAGAACGACAUCGACAUCGUGCGUGUGGGCGACGUGCAGCGGCUGGCGGCCAUCGUGGGCGCAGGCGACGAGGCGGGCGCGCCAGGAGACUUGCAUUGCAUCCUCAUUUCGAACCCCAAUGAGGACACGUGGAAGGACCCCGCUUUGGAGAAGCUCAGCCUGUUCUGCGAGGAAAGCCGCAGUGUCAACGACUGGGUGCCCAGUAUUACCCUCCCUGAGUGACAGCCCGGUGGGGGUCCUUGGUCUUGAUCGACGUGGAGACGCCCGAGGGCGCCUAGCGCGGGGCUGGCUCUGUGAAUGCGCUCUCGGAGGGCGCCGGAGUUUGGCGUGGAGACUGGCAGGCGGGGUCGCGUGGAGAGAGCGGCGAGGAGGCGCGGUUCCCUUCAACUAAGGGGGCCUGGCGGCGGCAGGGGCAGGCUGGCCCCCAGCCGAGGACUCUACAAGUGUGGGGAGCGGCUGCUCGCCCAGGAAGGCCGGAGGCGGGAUGUCUGCCACGGGGCCGGGAAGGACGGACUGGCUCGGCAGGCGUGACUCAGCAGCCUGCGCUGUGGGCAGGAAGCAGAGGAAAGGCGAGGCCAGGCGGCCUGGACUUAUACAAUUACAGGAGCUCUGACGGACCUAGCAGUCUGCACUGCUGUUUCAAAACGGAUCUGGGCAGUGCUUCGUUUUCUAAAGGAUUAUGCUGCUGCAGUUUUGAAUUUUACAAUAAACUUACUGAAACAAA